AUGGACGAUUCGACCCGACAGUCUGGUAACGCCGUCGGCACUGCGGUCGCAGCUGUAGAUCCACCUCCGGCAGUUGACCAGGAUGCGGAGAUUGAGCCUGAGGACGAGGGAUUUGGUGUUCGUCAUUCGUCUAAGCUUCUCAUUCAACUCACCCCGAACGCCGAGUCAUUCUUUGUUGCUAAUCCCGAACUGAACCGUCUUGAUCUGGCCCAUAUCCUCAUGUUCAAAUCCAUCGGCUACCGACUGUAUCUCGCUCCCAUCAGACCAGAAACGACGCAGAGGAUACUGGACAUCGGGACCGGAACAGGGAUCUGGGCAAUUCAAAUGGCUGAUUUAUUUCCACACGCUGAAGUCAUCGGAACGGACUUGAGUGCAGUCCAGCCGGAAUGGCUCCCCUCCAACGUCAAAUUCAUCGUCGACGACGUCGAAAGCGCCUGGAUCGACCCUAAAAAAUACGACUACAUUUUCGUCCGCUACAUGCUCGUCUCCAUCGCAGACUGGCCGCGCCUGAUCUCCAACAUCUAUGACCACCUCACCCCCGGCGGCUACGCCGAAUUCCAAGACAUGGACGGCCUCUACUACGCCGACGACGCAACCUACCCGCCCUCAUCAUCCCUCUCCCGUUGGAACGCGCGCUUCGUCGACGCCUGCGAGGCCAUGGGCCGCACCGCGCGGCCCGGCCCGGCGCUCGAGGGCUGGGUACGCGCGCACGGCGGGUUCCGCGGGGUGACGCAUAAGCGGUUCAAGGCGCCGAUCGGGCCGUGGGCGCGAGAUCCGCACUUCAAGGAUGUUGGCGCGCUGAAUUUGCGUCAGCUGCUCGAGGGGCUGGAGGGGUUUAGUUUGAAGGUGUUUUGCGGGGUGUUGGGCUGGGAGGAGGGGGAUGUGAGAGAGUUGUUGGAGCGGGUGAGGGCGGAGUUGGGGGAGGGGGGGAUGCAUGUUAUGUUUGAUCAUCAUGUUGUGUAUGCGCAGAAGCCGGGUCUGCAGUGA